AUGUCUCGAUCUAGUCCAUACCCGCUCGACCAGACGUUCACCCACACCGCCCAGACACACACCUCUACCGUACACUGGACUCGAAUCGGCUCAUCGUCUCUACCUACUUUGAUCUUUAUCCACGGUACACCCUGGUCCAGCUUCGUCUGGCACAAUCUCACAUCAACACUCUUAUCGCGGUACUGCAUCUACCUCUACGACCACCCUGGUUUCGGCCUCUCACCUGCUCCACAACGCACCAGCAGCGCCUCAUCGACGACUGAUGACGAAGCAGAGGACCUAGAUCCAAGUCUAACACUUCGCGCUCAGGCAUCGGCAGCACUGAUCGAGUCAUGGAACCUUCCCACCACUCCGCAUAUCAUCGCACACGAUAACGGAGGGCUCGUGAGUCUUCGUCUCCUCCUACAGCAUGACAUAAAGUUUGCGAGUCUGUGCCUCAUCGAUGUCGUCGUGCUUCCUAAUGCGGAGAAAUUGCCAUUCUUCCACUUAGUCGCCAAGAAUACGGAUGUCUUUACUUCGAUUCCACCACAUCUUCUGGAAGGACUGAUCAGAGGAUAUGUAAGGAGCGCUACGUUCCAUCCACUCCCGUCUGAGACCGAAGAUACAUUGAGUGUCCCGUGGUGCGAGGGCGGAAAGCAGGGGAACAAGGCGUUUGUGAGGGAGAUGGUUCAGGCGAGUAAGCGGGAUACCCUGGGGUUGGAAAGUGAAUAUAGUAGGGUAAGUGAGAUGGUGCCGACAAAAAUUAUCUGGGGAAGGGAUGACAAGUGGUUACCCAACGAGAUUGCUGGGAGGUUGGGCGAGGCGUUGGGUGUUGGAAGUGAGGAUGUCAUCGUUGUUGAGGACGCAGGGCAUCUGAUCCAUUAUGAUCAGCCUAGCCGUUUGGCAGUGGAGGUGGGCUUGUGGCUUGAUAGGCAUAAUAAGUCGUGA